AUGGGCUGUAACUUAUCACGAGUAGCAAAUGCACCGUCUUUAUUAACAGCUGAACAAAGCCAUUUGCUUGUUCGAGAUAAUUGGACUGAUGUAUGUAAUAAAUGUUAUGAAGAAGUUGGCAUUAGUUUUAUGGUUCGAAUCUUUCAAGAUUAUCCUCAACUAAGAAAACUUUGGAUUUUUGCCGCUAAUCUUGAAAAGGAAGAAGAAAUUCGAAAUAAUGCACAAGUACGUUAUCAUGCUGCAAAAAUCAUGUACACUCUUAAUGAAAUUAUUAACAAUAUCGAUAACUAUGACAAACGACGUCAUAUUCUCGAAAGUCUUGGUCAAAUUCAUUUUAUGUAUGAUGUACAACCUGCUUAUUUUCAGGCAGCAAAAUCUUCUAUGGAGCAUGUAUUAAAUUCAGUACUUGGCAAAAAUUUUACACUUCGUCAUAAGCAAGCAUGGACUUAUCUUUUUCAGCAGAUUGUUGUCGAUUUGGGUCGAGGUGUCGAACAACAAGCAGUUCUUGCUGGCUAUGAUGUUGAAGAUACAACCUCUUCAAGUUGUGGAUGCUGUCCAGCGCCAUGGUGUCCCACUCGAGCAGAAUCUUGUUCAUCAAAUGUUGACUGUGAAUGUCUAUGGAUGACAGUCACUGGUGAUGCGUCAACAACAACAUCAAGAACAACAACAACAACGACAACCACAAUACCAAGAAUAACAACAACAGUGUCAGCACAACGUAUAAAUACAAUUACAUAUUCUCAAAAUUUCACUGUGAGUGGUACCCCUUCGGACCAAUGUACGGCAUGGGAAGUGUUUCGAGCUCAAUUGAUCGCACAACCUUAUACAUUGAUGACAAUGAAAGGCACAAAUAAUGCAGUGGGCAUAACACUUACAAAUGCUACUGUUGUGGCAGCCAUCGCUCAAGCUCUUCGAACAAAUACUACAUACGGUCCUGUUUCAUUGGACCUGUAUUCAUGGGCAGUAGGAGUAUGCGGUAGUGGCUAUGAAGUUACUUCAACAGGUUCAAUAUGCGCCUGCAACACUGGUUAUACAAUUCGACCUUGUAUUGGCAAUUGGAAUUGGGGCGCUAUCGAUGGAUAUACAUGUAGUGCGUCGUCUCAAACCAUGACUUUAAUAUUUCAGUACUAA